UCUGUACCUCAUCCGGCUCUCUGUUUUCUUCUCCCAAUUGACCUCGCCGUCUACAGCUGGCCAUGGCCGCCCAGAGCUAUUGCAGCUGGGCUGCCCGCGGACGCAGCAAAAGACUAACAGCUUCUCCUUCACCCAUCAUCAGCACUCUCGGAGACGACGAAGAUCUCUUGGUCGAAAUUCUGAUUCGACUCCCGGGCUCUAAAUCCGCAUUACAAUGCAAAUCCGUCUGCAGACGCUGGAACGCUCUAAUCUCCGCUCCCUACUUCUCUCUCCGUUUCGUUUCUCACCACCAGAGCCUAUCCGCCGACGAAUCCGAACAGCCUGUCCUGACCAUCUCACAAGUCCGUCGACUGAUCUCGAGCUUUCUCCCUUUUCCUUACGGGACCGAAUCUAGGUUCUCCGUCCUCGAUUCGGUCAAGGACUUGCUCUUACUCGGGUUCUGGGAUCGGGAGACGUCCGACCAGGAGCUGCGCAGGACGCACUUGGUCUGCAACCCGUUUACGAAGCAAUGGGUCGCCCUUCCCCUGGCGCCUAAAAUGGCCGCCAGGUAUAGUCGCUAUAGAUGGGUCGUGAAACUAGUCUGCGAGCCGUUGGAUGAAUUCCGGGUGGUGCGAAUGUAUAAUCCGAUGACGACGGUACGAGGAGGUCGAGCGAAAGUGGAUGUUUACAUCUUCUGUUCGAGAUCCCGACGAUGGACGAAAUCUGUUCUUACCCUCGAUGCCAAUUUGAUGUGCUGGGGUUGCACAGCUUAUGAACGUGUAGUUUCGACCAACGGGAAGUUUUACUGGCUGAUUGGUACGCUAGUGCGAGGAGUUGUAGUGAAGUGGGAUCCUUUCUGUCGGGACUAUGGUACUACGUUUCCAAUGUUGUUGGAGGGCUGCCAGCUCGAUUCGCAAAUGCGCUGCUACGGUCCCUGGAUCUCAGAAGGUGCUGUGCACAUUGUUUGCAAAGAAACAUCGAUGUCUUCGAUGCUGCUGAGUGUUUGGAGACUGGUGGAGGACGGGAAGGGAGGAGGAUGUUGGAGGAAAGAGUAUGAAGUCUUGUGGUCUAACGACUUGAGUUGUACUCGCAAGUCCAGCGAUGGCGGCGGCAGCAGCGAGAUCGAGACGCUGGAUUUGAGGUUCGAUCGCGCGGUUGGUAUGCAUCCCGAAAAGCCCGAGAUCGUGUUUUUGUUGGCUUUUCACUCGAAUCCUCGAGACUCGGCUAUUUUGUCGUGGAAUUUUAGAAACAGCGAGUUAGAAUUCGUCACUUAUCAAGAUGAUGAUGAACCAAAGCACUUCAUUCCUCAAGACGAAAAGGUGUUCCAACCCAGGGUCGGUUUCUGGCCUAGUUUGAUUGCGAGCUGCGAGAAGUUGCGAAAUGUGUACAACGGAAGUUAUAGUUGCUGGCUUCCACCACCAACAAGUAAUUAAUCAAACCUCGUGAAUCAUAGUAGAAGCCAACCAUCUCUUGAAUGUAUUUUGACGAGCUCCGCUCUUAUUCCUAUUGUCUCACUCUAUAAUGAGAGUAAUAUUAAUGUUUGAAUGUUUUCUAAAUUAAGCAUUUUCUCCCACGGUAAGAAACCCGAGGAUCUAGGCGUCUUGCGUCUAGGGUGUUUUGAUCGGGAUCGAUAGAGAAUGGGGAUUUAGGCGAAUUGAGUAGGGAGAUUGAGGGAAGGGACGAGAGUCGGGGAAAAGAGAGGGGAGGAAAUCGGCGGCCAGGGUGGCCGACGAAGAGGUGAGGGAAGUUGGAAGGGGAGAUCGGUCGAGUGAGGGAGAAGGGAAGAGGGAUUUAGGGUUUUGGAGAAUUCUGUUAUGUAUUUGCUUAAUAAGUAAUCACUCACUAA